CUGGAAAAUAAUACUUCCGUUUUUUCUUGAGUUCAUGACAAACGGCUUCUAUUCCGAUUUGUUUUAACGUGUAAAUUAGAAAUAACGACGAAUGCAGUUUGUAGAAUUUCAUUAAAUUAAAAAAAUAAAAAUUUAAAAAAUCAACCGGGUGAGAAAUGUCUAACCUGGCCGUCCGAGAUGAAUCUUACUCUAGUUGGGAUAUGUACUAUGUAGUUAUACUUGGGUCUUGGGGUGAUUUUUCUGUCAACGAUAAAUCAAAGGUUCCCGUUUUAUUUGAACUUUUUUUUCAUAAGUGAAGCCGGUUUUUUAUCUUUCGAUCUCAACAAGUAGUUUUCCUCGAUUCCGAAUAACGUUCGCCCUGCUCAAAUACAGAGGAAAUACCUGAAAUGUUUCUAUAACCUAUAUUUUUGAACCUCUUAUCAGUCGAUUUGACCCGAGUGAUGUUCGAGCUAAUUAAUAAAAACCCAACUAUGCGAAAAAUUGUGGAUCUUCAUUCGAAUAGAAGAAAAUUUUACAAGCUAGUAAGUCAAUUGUGUUCUUGUAAAACGGGUGUAAUGGGGAAUAGAAAUAGCUGUUGUGCUUACACGACACCUCCUACGAGAAGAAAAGACAGGCCGCAUUUUGAAGAGUACCUGCCGGAGGGCGAAGAGAGCAACGGCAACUUGCAACACAUUAGCGAAAGGGAGUUUGAAAAUUGGGAUACGGAUCCUUCGCUCCAUCCCAAAGCGGGCACUCUCUUUUUAGAACGGUCGAAAGUCGAAAAUGGUUUAUCACGGAAGAAAAGUCAAAAUCACAUUUCAGAAUUGAGGAGUUCAGGACUGAAAAAGAGUAGUUCCUGUUCAACGAUAUAUUUAGAUGACAGCACAGUUUCGCAACCAAAUCUUAAAAACACAGUCAAAUGUGUUUCUCUUGCGAUAUACUACCACAUCAAGAGCAGAACAUCGGAACGAUAUUUGGAAAUAUUUGAUGAAAAACGACAUCCCCUAACGAGAGACAGCGUACAUGAUGAUUAUGACCAGCACAAUCCUGAACAUCGCCAGAUUUAUAAAUUUAUAAGGACGUUAUUUAAUUCAGCUCAGCUUACUGCCGAAUGUGCCAUCAUAACUCUAGUCUACCUUGAAAGGUUGCUAACGUAUGCUGAUGUUGAUAUUACACCGGGUAAUUGGAAACGAAUUGUGUUAGGAGCUAUUUUACUCGCAUCAAAAGUUUGGGACGAUCAAGCAGUUUGGAAUGUCGACUACUGCCAGAUUCUUAAAGAUAUAACAGUAGAAGAUAUGAAUGAAUUGGAAAGACAGUUUUUGGAAAUGCUCCAAUUCAAUAUUAACGUACCGUCAAGUGUAUACGCCAAGUAUUAUUUUGACCUUCGUACAUUGGCUGAAUCGAAUGAUCUAGCUUUUCCAGGUGAGCCUUUGAGCAAGGAGAGGGCUCAAAAACUUGAAGCGAUGUCCAGAAUUUGUGAAGACCGGGUCACUGCUGAGGCCUUGAAAAACGGACUUAAAAAAUGGAGUAGUUUAGAUAACGUUAACACAAUAGGCAACUUAGCUCCGAGACGGAGUGUUGCUAUCCUUUCAUGAGUUUGUCAAUAUUUUUAUUAAUUUCACAAUAUUUUUUUUCUGUUUAGAAAUGUAACAAUUUAGUGAUACUGAUUAAUUAAAUGUAAAUAAUGUUAAAAAGAAAGGAAAGAGUGAAGUACGAGGUAAAUAUUAUGUGAUAUAUCAAACUUUGUUGUUCUUGACAAUAAGGCUAUUUGAAUUAGAAGAGUCUUCUAGAAUUUUCAAUAUUCGCAUUGGCAUACCAAUUCUUAUUUUAUCUCAUUUUUAAAAUUCUUUUUAAUACUUUUAUCAAAACAAGGUUGUAAGUGGAAGGACCUAACCUAAUUUUCUAGAAUUAUUAAUUAAUAGGUGACUUUUUUAGACUGGACAAAGAAGAAAAUGAAAUUAUUUCUAGAUACAGGUUUAAACCUAUAAAUAGGGGCCAAAUUUACAUUUAUAUAUGAAAAGUAGGAAACUGGCCUGCCUGAUUACAUUUUUUUCUUUUGGAUUUUGAGAGUUUAAUGCAGUAUUAAAUUAAUGCAUUGAAUAUUUAAUGCAAUAUGCAUUUCCUUUUACACAUUUUCAGUCAAAAUAUUCUGCCAUAAUUUAUUUAUUUCUUAUGUAAUAUCCAUUACUAAUACUAAAAAAGUCUGAUUCUUAUCAUCAUUUGUUUGUUUUAAUGUACAUAUAUUUGCAGAUGAAUAAAAAAAAAAAAAAAAAAAAUACUCUGCAUUAUCUAUUUGUUUGAACUGAAAAAUAAAAUCAAUCAUGUGAAAUGUUAUCCUAG